UCCCCUUGUUGUGACAGAGCACACCUGCUUGAUCUUGGCUGCACGCGCUCCGAGUCCAAUUACCCCAUAGGCCCUCGCAGCCACUUCACAGUCUCAUCCCCCCCAUUCGACUGGAUUUUGGGAGUCAAGUUAAUCUCAACCACUUCUACUCUCUUCGCCGAGCUUCUGCUGAGAACAGGCUCCCCACUAGCAGCACCAUGAGGUCGGCCUGUCUCUCUCUGCUCCUGGUCACCGCCUGCUGGGCUCUGCCCUUCCGCCAGUCCGGCUUCCUAGAAUUCAUGAUGGAUGAUGAUCCGGGUUCAGGUUUGCCUGACGUAACCAAGGAGUUCGCUAUUCCUGCCAUGCCUGAAGGACCCAAGUGCCCCUUCAGGUGCCAGUGCCACCUUCGUGUGAUCCAGUGCUCUGACCUCGGUCUGAAGGCAGUUCCUGGAGACAUUCCUGAUGACACCACCCUGCUGGACCUCCAGAACAACAAGAUCACUGAGAUCAAGGAAAACGACUUCAAGAACCUCAAAGGGCUACACGCUCUGAUCCUUGUAAACAACAAAAUCACCAUCAUCCACGCCAAGGCUCUCAGCCCUCUGACCAAGCUGCAGCGCCUCUACCUGUCCAAGAACUUGCUAAAGGACAUGCCAGCUAACAUGCCCAAGAGCCUGCAGGAGCUUCGCAUCCACGAGAACGAGAUCACCAAGAUCAAAAAGGCCUCCUUCCAGGGCAUGUCCCACAUCAUCGUCAUGGAGCUCGGGUCCAACCCUCUGAAGGGCGCGGGAGUUGAGGCAAAUGCUUUCGCUGACCUGAAAAGGGUCUCAUACAUUCGCAUUGCAGACACUAAUAUCACGGAGGUUCCCAAAGGUCUGCCCAGCUCUCUGUCUGAGCUUCACCUGGAUGGAAACAAGAUCACCAAGUUGACACCUGAGAGCGUCAAAGGCCUGAAGAACCUGGCCAAGCUCGGUCUGAGCUACAAUGCCAUCAGCGCUGUGGAAAACGGCACACUGGCCAACGUGCCCCACCUGCGAGAGCUGCACCUCGACAACAACGUCCUGACCAGCGUUCCUCCCGGCCUGCCAGACCACAAGUACAUCCAGGUGGUCUACCUCCAUGCCAACAAGAUCGCUGCUGUGGGAACAGAGGACUUCUGCCCUCCCGGCUUCAACACUAAGAAGGCCAUGUACUCUGGCAUCAGCCUGUUCAGCAACCCCGUGUCUUACUGGGAAGUCCAGCCGGUCACCUUCCGCUGCGUCUUCGACCGCUCCGCCAUCCAGCUCGGCAACUACAGGAAGAAGUAGAGCGUCCCGAGCGCCUCUGCGAGGAAGCGUGUGUUUGUAAAUGAGCGUGUGAAAGUUUUGUAAGAGUGUGUGUUUCAACCAGCAGCCCCCACAACACUGAUCCCACCCACACACACACACACCCACCCACCCAUCCAUCCACCAACACUGCCACCCCUACGACCGACGAUUAACCCACGCACUCCUUUCACAACUCUAGUGGACAUGGACCUCAAACACCACAUAUCAUUUUCAAUAUUUAGCUUCACGGUUGGUGCAGCAGCUUGCAGCAAAACGCUCUAUAGUGAUGCUCUCACACACACACACACAGCACAUCAGUCAUGGGACCAGUAUGCAUUAACAUUGCAAAUAUGUUCUCACAUACAUGCUGUAACGUAUUCGCGUGCAUAUCAUUCAAAACUGAAAUUCAGAGGUGUACCCAAACCAAAAAGAUCUCAAAUGUCACUCAGUGGAAAGUGUUAGAAAUCCCAGUUCGAUCAACUUUAGCCAUUGUAUGAAUUAAAGGAACGCUGGCCUGUAGAGCAGGCAGCAAGGGGUUAACUUGUGUUCUGCAAUACCUUUAACAACUGGUAUACUAGAAUGUACUAGAUAUUGCCUGUGUACUAGGAAUAGCAUUCAGAGUGUAACAUUACCAAGCUGCACUCUUUGAAAGAACUCCGAGUUUCUAUUUGUAUUGUAUUCAAUUCAAGUAGAGAUAAAAGCUACAGUGACUUCUAUCACAUUGUGAUUUCUCGUGCUUACUUCAGUGUUGUUUUUAAAUCUGGGUGUUUUUACACUUUUUCUUCUUCACAUUCCAUCCCCCUUCUCCUUUCCUAGUGUGUGUUUUCCAUUUAAAAAAAAAAAAAAAGCAAGGUGAAAAUAGCUUCUAAAAAUGUAGAAUAAACCAUAUAUGUUUUAAACAGAAGCCAUUCCCAAAGAUUUAUAUGCAUGCUCUUAAUUUUUUUUUUUCCUUUCAACUUGAACCUGGUGCUUUCUGGAUUCUCUUGUUACUGCGUGUAUGUAUUUCUCUCAUUGUUUACCUGCCCUUUAUUUCUUUCAAGAAACAUUGCAGGGUGUAUGUAGACUGGCAUGCCCGCAGCACCCAUGUUCGUGUGAAUGUUGUAUGUAUAGACGCUGUAUAUAAAUGCUGUAUAAAAAACCUCUCAUUGCUUAAAGGCACAUGCACUUACCAUAGCUCAGACUUAAUAUAUCAGCAACAAAGGUGUUCCUCUUUUUUUCCGGAGCAGGGGCUCCAGCUAAGGUGUCCUGAACAAAAUAAAAAUACUAAUGGAAAAAGUA